AUGUUCCCGUUUGACCAGUCGGCCCUACCGAGCCUUCCCAAACGCAAGGCUCUCCUGGUGAUUGAUUUUCAAAGCGAUUUUCUCGAUGCUGAAGCCCCCCUGCGCGUCACGAGGCCCCAUGGGUUCGUCGAAAAGACUGUGCAGUUUGCCGACGCGUUUCGCCAGCUGGGCGACGUCAUUUGGGUAUGCUCCGAGUUUGACAAGGUGCGGCCCAUAGCCGGCGAGCAAAUACUGGCGACCGACGAGACCCCGAAGCCGAGCGCUGUCACUGCUGCCGGAGCUGCCUCCGGUCGGCGGCGAGGCCCCAAAGUGGAACUCAUCCCAGCUCCCGUCGCUGAUACCGACCCCGAAGCCUUUCUCAGUGCUGGCGGCAUUCCAUGCGUUCGCUCGCCCUCCGGCUCACAAAUCCCUGCCAACGUCAAGGACGCAUCGCUGAAGCGCGAUGUCACUUUCAUCAAAUCGCAUUACUCGGCCUUCAAGUCGGGCCAGCUCCUUCAUCUGCUACGCGGCAAGUUCAUCACGCACAUUUUCAUAGCCGGCUCCCUGAUGAACAUUGGCGUCUUUGCCACGGCUCUUGACGCCGCCAUGUACGGUUACGACAUAACCAUCGUCGACGACUGCUGCGGCUAUCGUUCGCAAGUAAGGCAUGGGAACGCCAUCCAGUCAGUCAUUGAUGUCACUGGAUGCGAAGUCGACAGCAGCAGCACAGUCCUUGAACAGCUGCAGGCGAAACCUGCGUCCGCAAAACCCGCUGUCGCAACACCGGCCACUUCUUCCUCUUCUGCCACGACAGCCAACAAGAAGGUUGGUGGUCUAGCCGGCGCCAGGACCCCGCCCAUUCCAGGUCGUGUGCGUGGCAAGGCGUCGACGUCUGACCUACACGAGAAGCUGGCUGCUCUCAAAAUCGGCAGUACCCCCGGCGGUCGCAUUGAACCCGAAUCUGAUCCUAACAGCCUGGCGCUGGAGGUCGACCCCGAUGCCCAGCCGUCCUCACACGACCUCAAUAGCCCGAGGCGCAAACCAUCGUCAACUGAUGACCGCGACCCAAUCCUAGACCUGGAGGCGAUCAGAAACAAGUACAGAACUUCCAAAGAUACAAGGAUGGACACAUCACAAGCCAGGAAACUCAAGCAGCCCCGGCUGGCAGACUUGGCAGCUCCAAACAAGCCCGGAACUGUCGUCCCGGCACGCGUAGGCAAGGGUCUCGAACCGAAGAUCAUCGAACCAGAAGUCACGGUGCCCGCCACCGCCUCCUCGGACUCGACCUCGAAGCAUGAACAUGAUCCUGCCGCCGCAGAUGCUUUACCAGAGACCUCCGAGCCACUCUGCGAGGGUGAUACUGUCAUCAUCCACAAUGUCCUACCGCCCAAAUUGCUCGACGGCGUGUUUGAAAAAUUAAAGGAUGAGGUUGGUUGGCAGACCAUGUCGCAUCAAGGCGGCGAGGUUCCGCGCAAGGUAGCUGUCCAGGGACUCGUUGCCGAAGAUAGUAGCAUGCCUGUAUACCGACAUCCCGCAGACGAGUCGCCCCCGCUCUUUCCUUUCACCAAGACAGUUCUUGAGAUCAAAGCUGUGGUCGAGGAGAAGCUGGGUCACCCACUCAAUCACGUCUUAAUCCAGUACUACCGGGACGGAAACGACUACAUUUCCGAGCACAGCGAUAAGACGCUCGAUAUUGUCAAGGGUUCUUACAUUGUUAAUGUCAGUCUAGGCGCCGAGAGAACCAUGAUAUUCAGAACCAAGCGGGACGCGAAAGAUCCCUCGAAGAAAACAGAUAACAUCCCCGAGGGUGCGAAGCGCAAGACAACGCGCAAGCAGCUGCCACAUAACUCCCUCUGCCGCAUGGGCCUCGUGACAAACAUGCGAUGGCUCCACGCCAUCCGCCAAGACAAGCGUGCCGAACGAGACAAGACAGCACCCGAGCUUGCCUUUGCCGGCGGCCGCAUCUCUUUGACGUUCCGCCAUAUCGGAACCUUCCUUGACCGCGAUGGCACCCUGAUCUGGGGCCAAGGCGCCAAGGGCAAGACGCGCGCUGAUGCCCACCCUGUCGUCAACGGGCAAGGACCCGAGGCCGUAGCCAUGCUGCGUGCCUUUGGAACCGAGAACCACGCAAGCGAGUUUGACUGGGAUGCGCAUUACGGGCAGGGCUUUGACGUGCUGCAUAUGAGCAGCGCACCACGCUUGUUCUUUUCCGCCGAUGGCAUCGUCAACAUGCGCGUACAGCUCGCACUGGCCGAGCAGGGCAUUCUCUUCGCCAAGGGCCGCAUGCCGCCAUCCGUUGACCGGAAGGAUGGGAAAGCCGAGGCCGCCGUUCCCGUUGUCAUCUCGUCGGCUCUCGAGAGUCUGUCCAUCAAGUACGUGGAUAAUGAUGCCGACCGGUCGACGGCGCAGGGAGACAUGGCCAUUCUGCUUUACCUCGAUGGCCUCCACGGGAAGCGAAGUGAGCCCAGCACGGGCCACGCCCGCAUCUUGACGCGCUUCCAGCAGGGCCUCGCCCUCCUUGACAAGUGGCGCGCUAUCAGAUCGCAGGAAACAGAGGAUGUGACUGUGAAGCAACCAGCCAAGCCACUGAAACGGGAACUCACAGUCUGGAACGAUUAUGCCGCCGAAGAUGAGAGCAUCGCAGGUGAGGUCGUAUCCAUUGCCGACUUUGCCGUCUGGCCGGUCCUGCACGAUAUUGUGCAGACGCUCGGCGAGGGGGUCCUAAACGGUACGAAGUCCUUGAAGAAGUAUUAUCAAGCGUUUUCGGAGAGGGAGGCUACGAUGAAAGUAUUGGCUGUUGAGCCGCCGUCGGUGGCGGCGGCAGAGACACAAACAAAGCCGGAGCCUCAACCUGCAACGGAGGCAAAGACAGAAGGAGGGGCAAAAUCAGCAGCAGAGGGAGAUGCAGGGGUAAAAGCAGAGGAAUAG